GAAAUGAAAUGCCUCAGCCAGAACAAAGACAAUGCAACUCUCCAGUGGGCUUAACCAAACAACAAGUCAAGAUUAUUUGAGCUGUUGUUCACCAGCUGAGCUACAACAACUAAAUCCAUUCAAUGCAACUCAUCCAUCUGCACGUGCACACGCUCAUCACUUUUUGUUCCCAUAAAUCCGUUGUAUAUUCUUUUAUUCACACGUGGAUCAUAGAGAUACCAGUUUAUUGCAUGUAGAAAAGAGCUUGCAGUUCCUAAGCAUCGAUGCAUUGGGGAAACUGAAGACCCAUGGCAAAGUGGUUUAGAGAUCACCUGAGUUUUGGCAGCUGGAAAGGACCGCCGCAGCCCCCGAAACCAGACUACACAGAGAGUGAGAUCCUACGGGCCUACAGGGCUCAGAAAGACCUGGACUUUGAAGACCCAUACAGACCCUCUGAGAACCGGGUGCAGAAAGGGUCUGGAACGGUCGAAGCGUUCCCCGCCUUCGGCGCGGUGCUAUCCAACGGUGUGGAGGUGAAGAUUGUGUCUCCCAAACACAGACUGAUAAAAGUGGAAUCUCAAGAAUUUGGGCGUAGCAAGAUUCCACUAAGCAUUGUGACCUUUGAAGAACCACAGACCCCUGUGGUUCCCUCGGCUCCUGCGGUUGGCGAUACAGAUUACUCGGACCCGUUUGACGCCAGGCCCGACCCACAACUCAGGCCUGGCUGCCAACAAAACGCCGUAGAAACCUGCAACAGUUACAUGGAGCCAUUUGAAGCCCAACGAUUCAUAAAUGAGCUGCAGCACAGCACAGAUCGGGGCAGGAGCAGCCCGCAGCUCUACGACAGCCCAUAUGAGGAGAGACUCCGGCACCGGGCAGCCCCUGAGGGUGACGAGAAAGAGAGCCAUCUGCCCCAGGAUGACGAGAGGCCGGCGGAUGAGUACGACCAGCCCUGGGAGUGGAAGAAAGAGAAUAUCUCCAAAGCCUUUGCUGUGAAGUUUGAUGCGAGAGACUGGGAUCAAUCCACAUUGCCCCGUGAUGAGCCACAGAGGAAAGGAGAAACAUCCAGAACCAGCCCUCCAUCCAGCGGGUCAACCAGCCUGCACAAGCCCAGCCAAUAUAACUCAUUCCUGGGUGAGAGGGUGGACCCCACGCUGCCCCUCGAGAAACAGGUGUGGUACCAUGGUGCAUUGGUGCGCUCUGAAGCCGAGUCUCUGCUCACACUGUGUAAGGAGUGCAGUUAUUUGGUGAGAAAAAGCCAAACCAGCUGUAACGACUAUUCGCUCUCUCUCAGGAGUUGCCACGGAUUCAUGCACAUGAAGUUCUCACAGUCUCGUGAUGGGAAGUUCAUCCUGGGCGAGAACAGUCCUCCGUUUGACUCCAUUCCUGAAGUCAUUCAUUACUACACCACACACAAGCUGCCAAUCCGUGGAGCUGAACACCUGUCUCUGCUCUUCCCUGUACUAGUGCAAACACUCUGAGCACACACACUCACACACACACACACACACUCACUCAGGGCUUAACUCACAUGGCUACUUUAAUGCUUCGUUUUCAAUCAGAUUUAGAAGUCUUGAGCAGAUCUAUGAGUGUAGGAAUUUGAUAUUUUGGUAGUUCGAUUGAACCCAAACAUGGUGUUGAAUGCUUAACAGGUAAAGAUCACGCUACAUGUGUAGGAAGCAUGAACUGAGAGAAGCGUUUUCUCCACACCGCUGGACUCUGAAGUGUUUUCGGAUCACACAUGGAACUGCAAUAUUAUACCAUUUUUUUCUGCUCCAAAAACUUCAAAUAAUAGAUUUAAAAUUUGAGGAUAAAAUGUAGACUAGCCAAAGUAUUUAUUAAGAUUUAACACUAAAGCGAUGAUGUACAGAACAAGUAACGUCCUAUGUGGCUAGUGUUUUAGAUUAAGCUCUUCUCUCUGCAAAUUUAGAGAUUUUUCACCCCAAAAUGACAAUUCUGUCUUCAUUUACUCACCCUCAGGUUGUUCCAAACCCAUAUGACUUUCUUUCUCCAGUGGAACACAAAAGGAGACAUACAGUCAUUCAGGCUAAUUUUAUGAUGCUUUCUUGACCGCCACGGUCACCAUCCACUUUCAUUGCAUGGAAAAGAGCAACGUCGACAUUCUUCAAAAUGUCUACUUUUUGAAAAUAGAGAAAUAGAAAGUCACACGGGUUCAAAACGAUUUUGGGUGAACGAUCCCUUUAAUUUUGCAGUUUAAAAUGAAGGCUGCUCUUUAACCAACACUUAACAUCCCUGCGGCAGGAAGUAGAGGCGAUGAAUCAGAGUUAUUUGACGGUGAGGAAGUCUAGAUACGACACUGGAAUGUUCCGAAUGUGACUUUCACUCGUCCGGAUGGCCAACUGCGCACACAGCUUUGUUUAGGUCCUUCUGCACCACCCUUAAGUGAGAAACCAGGGCUGCUGAGGAUGAUGGAAACAGGAAGUUUUGUCAUCCCACCAUCUUCUACUCACCUCAGUGCUUGAAACCUUUAGCCUGGAAGGAACCGGUCAAUACCGUGGCUUUUCAUUUCACUCCUGUCACAGUACUAACCAUCAGUUUACACUACCAGCGACCAUUUGGUGCCCUCGGGCCCCUGAUGUUUUAAGGACAACUUAGCAAUACUUAGCUUCCGGCAUUGUGUCUAAAGUGUUUUAGUUUAACGUGACAUUUGAAAUGAGGCCACUUUUACAGUGUCCCUUAAAAUGUGCAUGUCAGUCCAUUGACAACCAUAAUUCUUGCAAAUGGAGAUGAAACACCAGUAUUUUUCUUCUUAAAGGUACAGUUCACCCAAAAUUUAAACAUUCUGUCAUUUACUCACCCUCACCUUGUUCCAACUUGGGGCUGUCAAGCUCCAAAAACACUCCAUAAAUGUAGUUUAUAUGCCUCAGAUGCUAUAUUUUAAGCCUUCUGAAGUUAUAUGGUAGAUUUGUUUGAGUAACAGGCUGAAAUUUAAGUCAUAAUUCACUAAAAAUCUUCUCUCUCGAAACUCGCAUAUAGCUGGUGUUCAAGUACAGAAUUAAAAAAUGCCACGUUACGGUCGGGUACUAUGCACACCAGUGAUGUUUAAUUAAAACAUUUUGGAUGUAUACUCGGGCUAUUAGAUUUAAAGGGAUAGUUGACCCAAAAAUUUAAAUUCUCUCAUCAUUUACUCACCCUCAUGCCGUCCCAGAUGUGUAUGACUUUCUUUGUUCAGCAGACACAAAUUAUGAUUUUUAGAAGAACAUUUUAGCUCUGUAGGUCCAUAUAAUGCAAGUGAAUGGGUGCCAAAAUUUUGACGCUCCAAAAAGAAAAUAAAGGCAUCAUAAGAGUAAUCCAUAUGACUCCAGUGUUUUAAUCCAUAUUUUCUGAAGUGAUAUGAUAGGUGUUGGUGAGAAACAGAACAAUAUUUAAGUCGUUUUUUGCUUGAAAUUCUUCUCCCUGCCCAAUAGGGAGCGAUAUGCAUGAAUAAUGUGAGUAGAAGAAGAAUGUAAAUGUGAUCUGUCCAUUAUGGAACUUAACAGUAGUCAUUUUAUGGCAAGAACUGCAUAACGUUUCUUUACAAAAUUCUACUUAUGUGUUCCCGCAAGAAAAUAACGGCAGGUUUGGAAUGACAUGAAGGUGAGUAAAAAGUGACAGAAUUUUCAUUGUUGGGUGAGCUGUUUCUUUAAGAAACACAAUAACUUGGUUAACCUCGCUGUAUUUUGAAUGCUUUGAUAGUGACCAACAGAAAACUGAAAUGUUUUUGUUGUUGGUGUACGGUAUAUCCUCAGGCAAAGCAAAGGCUGAUGGGAAUCUGACAGCGUGCACGCACACGCACUACUACGCAGGGUAUGUACUACUAUAGACAUCUUCACCGUAGCUAUUGUAUGUUAUGAUGACUGUAAUUUUAGUGAGUCUUGUUUUCUAUUUGCUGUUAUCCAGCUUUUAAUUUCUUUGGAAUAAAAUAUGCGAAUUGUUUUCUAAAAAUAAAGCCUUUGUCGCAUUAUUAUCGCGUGCCACAGUUGCAUUGCAGCUGGUUUCUGGAUGAAUCCUGACUGGAUGUGACAUUACAGGGCUGAAGAGCAAAGAGUCUCUCUCUCUCUCUCUCUCUCUCUCUCUCUCUCUCUCUCUCUCUCUCUCUCUCAGCAGAAGGGUCUCUUCUUCAAAGCUUUCAUGCAACGCACUGUAAAUAUAGGUCAAAUCUCCUCCAUGUGACUGAGCUUAUACAUGCUCUGUUGUCGACAGAACUAAUGGCUUGUGUGGUUUUGGUGUGUCUUUCUGUUUGUGUGCUUGAAGGUACACUUUUCACACAGCUGAUAUUUGCCAUCAAAAUAUUCUCUCAUGUCACACUGUCCACAAUGGCUCAGUUGCUUUUUAAAGGGCUGUCUUUCAGUUUGAUUUAUAUUCUCCUUUUAUCUGUGUUUUGUGCAUCUAUAGACUAGGCAUUAGUGCUGCUUGCAAAGGCAAGCCUCAGUGUUACGACUCACAUCUACAUGUACGAGAAUAUUUUUAAUGAGAAAUGAAUGUGUUUGGUUGUGGUCUAGUUAUCUACUUAAUGGAAUAUUCUGAGUACAAGUUAAGCAUUUGUGGCAUAGUGAUGACCACAAAAUUUAAUUUCGACUCAUCCCUCCUUUAAAAAAAAAAAAAGUUGAGGUUACAGUUACAGUAAGGCACUUGCAUUGGAAGUGAAUGGGACCAAUUUUUGGAGAGUUUAAAGGCAGAAAUGUGAAUCUAAUAAUUUUAUAAAAGCAUUUGCAUUAAUUCUUCUGUUAAAACAUAUCUAUUAUUUGAGCUGUAAAGUUGUUUAAAUUGUUGUUUUUACAGUCAUUUUAGGGUUUGUUGACAUUACAUCCUCAUGUUAACGAAGUUGUAAAAUUGGCUGUAACUACACAGAAAAGAUUAGUAAGUGAGCUGUAUAAAUAUACUCAAUGUUAAUGAAGUAAAAAAAUAAAUAAUUUUUUAUUUAUUU